GACGACGACCAGCCGGACGAAUGGGACAGCCGGAUCAUCAGCACGGGCUGCGCCGAGGAAAACCUGCGGCUCCAGCUCUGCCACUACGACACGAACGACUGGCGCCAGUGCACGAAGGAGAUGGAGGCGUUUCGCCGGUGCUGGGCGGACCACAGCAACAACGAGCGGACACGCACCGUCGAC